AUGCUGGAGAACAUCCCAAUUGAGCUGAGAAAUCAGAAAUUUCAGGUCACCUUAUCACAUAUUUCCAAUGAUGGACCAUUUGCACCUCGAGCUCGAAUGGACGACGAUCGCAUCUACUUGACAUACAUACUUCGCAACGAUUUAGCAAAUAGGCUAGAUCUAAUUAAAUUUCUCACUUCGAUCGAGAGUCAGAAACAUUUGGAUCUCCCCUUUGUGAAGGCGAUAGAAGUGACAGCAUUCCGACUGGAACCACAAGAUUUUCGAUCAUAUCUUGUCGUCGAUGGUGAGGUCGUCGAGACAAAGAAGCUCCAAGCUGUAACGACCACUUUGAAGAUGGCAGUUUUUGCGCCCGAGCCCUGUCAUCUUUAA